AUGAUGCCCACUCGGUUCGCCCGCGCCGGCCUCCGUGCCACCCAGCAGUUCUCCGUUCCUCGCACUGCCGCUGUCAACGGCCUGAGGGCCUACGCUACCCCGGCCCAGGAGGUCAAGCCUCCUGUGUCUCUGUACGGUGUUGAUGGUACCUACGCUACUGCUCUGUUCACGGCCUCCGCCAAGUCCGCCAACCUUGAGCAGACCUCCAAGGCCCUCUCCGUUCUCGGCGAGACCCUCAAGGCCGACCGCAAGUUGACUGGUCUCAUCUCCGCUCCCACCCUGACUGCUUCCGACAAGUCCCAGAUCGUCCAGGAGCUUCAGAAGCUUACCGGCGACAAGGGUGACAUUGUCAAGAACUUCCUCGAGACCCUCGCCGAGAACAACCGUCUGGGUCUGUUGGAGGGUGUCUGCGAGAAGUUUGCGACUCUGAUGGGUGCUCACCGUGGUGAGAUCGACCUCAACAUCACCAGCGCUCAGGAGCUUGACAAGAAGAGCAUCAACCGUAUCGAGAAGGCCGUCUCCGGCUCCCAGUUCAGCCAGGGCAAGAAGCUCAAGGUUGUCACCAAGGUCAACCCUGACCUUGUUGGUGGACUUGUUGUCGAGAUCGGUGACCGCACCAUCGACCUCAGCGUCUCCUCCAAGAUCGCCAAGCUCAACAAGGCCCUCACCGAUGCCCUGUAA